GGUCUCUGUCCUCUCUCCCUCCCUCCGAGACUCUCGGAAGCAACCAGAACAGUUUCCACUUCACCCGACCUCAUCCUCCUCGGGCAAAGUGCGAGAAACCACCACUUACGCUGGUCUUCGGUCCUUCGAUUCCCUGAGACGAACUCUCUCUCUCUUUUCCUCUCACCUAAAUAUGGAGGAUAUGGAGACCGAGGGAAGGGUAGGGGAAUCCCAUGCCGAAGAUGCGCGAGCAAUGGGAGCAGGAGUCACAAACUUCAACCAAACCGCCAUCUCAUCAAGAACAAGGCGUCAGCCCAAUUAAUAUCCGACAAAAUGUCGACAAUACAACAGCUCCAGCGGCCCUUGUCAUCGUCCUCCUCCGGCCUGUCACGCGUGCAAGCUGGCUAAAACAGCAUGUAGGCCUUCAAGAGACGCCAAGAAUGCGGUCAACGAGAUGAUUCAUCAAGACCCACGAAAAGAUCCGAAGAAUAGGGGUAAUCGGGAUGCACCGGCGCAAACGUCGUGCUUCGUGGCUAUGGAGCCUAUGGUGGACAUGGCGGUUGGGUCAAACCCACUGUCCUCAACGACGAAUCGAAGAGGCAUGCCAGGCCAGAAUGGCAAUCCUCGAUCGAGACCUAGCGGGCAACAAAAUUUCGCAAGCCGCACACGACUUGGAUCGUACCGACGUCGAUAAGUUCCGCGUCCUCAUGGAAAAGUCGAAUCCCCAGGCUGUUAAAGGAGCUGUUAGCGAAGCGAAAAAUCUUCAAGACACGAAGAGGAAGUUAGAAGCUGCAUACGCAUCUGAGCUUGAGAUACCGUCUCUCGUCGACCGUGCGAGGUACGCUGGAUUGCUUGACGGCGAUCCGGUUGCUAAUGCACUUGGUCAAACUGACUGAAUUUGUUAUAUUUCCCUCCAUGGAUCCUGAACGGCUUGUCUUGGUAAGGUUCAUUGGUCGGUUGAGUAUGUUGGCGAACUCGCAAAGGUUGGUAAC